GAGGUGUGGUGGAGGAAGUGGAAGAAUGAGGAGAGGAUUUGAUCACAACACGAAAAGGCUAAAGAUCGCUGCUGCUGGUCAUUACACCGAAAGAUCCCAACUCUACAACACUGAGGACAUCUGGAAAGAGAAAAUCCAAUGUCCGAGAUAAGAAGGAAAAACUUCCGUGUCACAGUGUGUUUAGCAAGAAACAAGUUUUCUCCUCAUUUUGUCCCAGGUUCUGAGAUGAUUGAGACGCAGGAGGACAUCUACGUGGGCUCCAUUGAGACUGACCGGGGGGUGCGGGAGCAGGUGCGUUUCUACGACACCCGGGGGCUCCGAGAUGGGGCUGAGUUGCCCCGGCACUGCUUCUCCUGCACUGAUGGCUAUGUCCUGGUCUACAGCACGGAUAGCCGAGAGUCCUUUCAGCGCGUGGAGCUGCUCAAGAAGGAGAUUGACAAAUCCAAAGACAAGAAGGAGGUCACCAUCGUGGUCCUCGGCAACAAGUGUGACCUGCAGGAGCAGCGGCGUGUAGACCCGGAUGUGGCUCAGCACUGGGCCAAGUCGGAGAAGGUGAAGCUUUGGGAGGUGUCGGUGGCUGACCGCCGCUCACUGCUGGAGCCCUUCGUCUACCUGGCCAGCAAGAUGACCCAGCCCCAGAGCAAGUCUGCCUUCCCCCUCAGCCGCAAGAACAAGGGGAGCGGCUCCUUGGAUGGCUGAAGAGCUGCCUUGCCAGCCCUGGAAGAUGGGUUGAGGGGAAAGGGAGGUGGGGUUUAGGCAAGCUGUCCUUCCCAGUCAAGGGGGGAGCUCCCCACUAGGCUAGGCAGCUGGGCUGUUCCAGGCUCAGGUCACUUUUGCUCCCUCCCAACUCUGGGAAAUGCAAAUAGUCUAGGUUAGUGGCCCCCCAGCCCCCCAGCCCCCAUCCUGCUGUAUCCUAACAGCAAUGGAAAGCCAUUGAUAGGAUUUAUGCCAGCGAAGUGACAUGAUCAGUUUUUGCUUUUAAGCAGGUCUAGGGUGGUUUUGGAUCACUGUCCCUUCUACCGGCCCUGGACAGGAAGCAGAGCUGUGUGUGGAAAUGCCCAGUCUACGGUCUGAUUCCUAUCGCAGGGGUCUUACACCUCCGGGUUUCCUGCCAAUCUCACACACACACACACACACACACGCUUGUGGCACCAGCCUGGAUUCUAGAGAAAGCGCAUCCAGGUAUCUUGUUUGUGUGUGUGUGUGUGUGUGUGUGUAGAUGUGCACACGUGUGUGUGCUGGUGUUCAGGGUGCCUCCUCAUCCAACACCCUGACCUCUCCUGUCCUCUCCUGGGCUGAAAGAAGCUAGCCUCCUGGGAGCAUAAUUUUCUGUUUCAACUCUUCCCCCAGCUGUUUUGCUUCCUCUUCCUGCUCAGGGAGCAUUUCCUUGGUUGAGGUGGAAUGGAAUGCCGACUGGGCUGGGAGUCACCAGCUGGCUUUGUGGCCCUGCAAGGCCUUUCCCCUCUAGUUUUCUCAUCUGUAAGGUGACGGCAGUUGCUUAGAUGAUCUAGAUCCUCUCCAGCCCUGCGUGGGUUGUAUACUGCCCAUGGUUGGGCUGGCUGCACUGUUCCCUAGCUUCUCCCCUUUCAAGGUGCUAUGCCUGUGGCCCUGGAGGCUGGGACACUGCUCCCCAGCCCCCCCAACCACCAGGGGGCAGGAGUGCACUACCCACUCUAGUUGCCAGAGUGACUGCCCAGUGCCCUAUCAGCGGACCUCACAGCCCUGGGGACUGGUCGUCACCCUUUCCUAUGGUUGUUUUCAGCUGAUAGCUGGACUUCUAUUUAUAAAUUACCUGUGUUUAUAUGCCUGCCGCCGUGGUGGAGGCUGGGCAAGGUGCUCGUCUAGCCCUCCCUUCUUACCUCAGAUGCCUGAACAGAAUAAAGCCGACCAAUAGCAGCUUCUCAGGAGCUGCCAGAUCUCUGGGGGCUCAGAAGGGUGGUUACGCUUCCAACACGCUGUAAAGUGAGCUGGUAACCCACAACUUCCCGUGCCCACUUCGUGCUUCUGAUGUACACACCUAGCAUAGGUGAAGACACUACAGCCAGGUGACCUCCAGUACACGCCCCUUCUCCCCAAGAUGGGAGAGGUGAGCAGGGUCAGGUGGCCCAGGCUGGGCGAGUUAGGGCGUGUACAGGCUCGGGCUUAAAUUGAUUUAUUGAUGCGUUGGACACAAUAAAACCACAACUGUUAUCAAAAA